ACUACAUCCAACGGAAACUUUGGGGGGCUAGAGAUUAUUUUCUUUUUCAAAGCGAAACCCCUGCAGUGCGAUAAUAACCCAACUAACUGGGUUUACAUUGAUGAUAAUGGCCAUGUACAGUACAUUGAGCGAAGGGAGGAUGCGAAAUGUCAAGGAAUCUAUGUUACUCGAAAAAACGACAACGAGAACAGUCACGAAGCUUUUGAUUCUCUUCCCAGUGGUAAACCUCUCGCUUCAGAUUUUGCAGUGGUACAUUGCAGACUAGGAAUGGAAAGCUGGAAAGAUGAAAGCCAACUUCUCAGCAAUAACGCUUCACCUGCACCGGACAGUUCGGGCCUAAACGUUUUCUUCUUAGGGUUUGAUUCCCUCAGUCACAUGUCAUUCAGAAGAAAAAUGCCCAAAACUGUUGAGGUGUUGGAGAAAUCUCUUGGAGCUGUAGUGUUGAAUGGUUACAACAUUGUUGGAGAUGGAACACCUCAAGCCUUUAUACCUAUUCUGACCGCUGCUACAGAAGAAGAACUACCGUUGACAAGGAAACGUUUUGGUAAUGCAAAUUAUGUCGACGAUGUAUACCCAUUCAUAUGGAAUAAUUUCUCAUCUGCCGGAUAUGUAACCUUAUAUGGAGAAGAUGCUUUCGCUAUAGGAACGUUUACGUAUCGUUUGAAAGGCUUCCGUAACCAGCCUACAGAUCACUACACCAGGCCAAUUUUCAAAGAAUACGAAAACAGUGGUUGCAUUCUCUUUGUUGAAGUUUCACGCAUCAAUCGCUUUCAGGACAAGCCUCGUUUUUUGAUGAUGCAUCAAAGUCUGCUAUCUCACGACGACAUUAAUCUGGUUGAAGUCGAGGAUGCAGAUGUUGCUCAGCUCUUGAACUCUAUGCACCAAAACGGCGAGCUGGACAACACAAUGGUGAUUGUUAUGGCUGACCACGGCCAUCGCUUCGCUAAAUUGAGGGAAACCCAUCAAGGACAACUUGAAGAGCGACUGCCGUUCUUUUCCAUUGCAUUGCCGAAGGCCUUCAGAGAAACUGAACACGGAAAGUUGAUGUACGGAAACCUUCAGAGAAACAAGGACAGGCUUUCGACACCCUUUGAUAUUCAUGCGACUCUGAUGGACGUGCUGCACUUACCUAAGGAUCUUACGACGAUUCAGGACGCGAAGACGAGAUCACUAUCACUUUUUCGUCCUAUCCCUGCAGCGCGAACUUGUGCCCAAGCUGGUGUUGAACCGCAUUGGUGCACUUGCUUGAAUUGGCAAGACGCUUUGAUUACGCCUAGCGACCAAGCUCUGGCAGAGCAACUCGCACUGGGUGCUGUGGAAGCGAUUAAUCGGCAGCUGAAGAAUGUUUUCCACUUGUGUGCUGAAUUGAGCCUGGAGGAACUUAUUGAAGCAAAGAAACUCGUGCCGAAUGAAGGGGUGUUGAAGUACAAAAAUGUGAAGGACAAAGAUGGCUUUGUACCCGAUCUAAGCGGUAAUACCCAGGCAGCCUUCGCGCACUACCAAAUAAAACUUCGAACACGACCAGGGAAGGCAAUUUACGAGAUAACACUGUUCUACGAUUUCAAGUUGAAAGAGAUGCAUAUCGACCUUGGUGCUAUCAGUCAUCCGAACAAAUUUGGAGACGAUCCACACUGCAUCAUAGAUCGGAAUUACUUCUUGGCUACUUUUUGCGUGUGUCAUGAUAGGGUAAUCUUCUAG